AUCAUAGCUCUUCGCAAUCCAAAUUACCUAAGAAGCAACAAACUACUAGCUAGCUAACUACAGAGAAAUGGCAGUAGAUGCAACCAGCAAUGUCUAUCAGACAAGCCUAGAUGAGAGAUUCACUUUCAUCCGUCAAGCCGGCAAAGGCACUUACGGUACAACAUGGAUCGCUUUGGACAAGGAGACAAACUCCAAGGUAGCCAUCAAGGCUAUCAACAAGACCACCACCAACAGGACCUCCUUCAAGAAAGAGCUCAAAUACAGCAAACACCUGAGCAAGCACCCUCACAUCAUCAAGACUCACGACACAGCCUUCGAGACAAAGACUUGCUACGUUAUGGUCCAAGACUAUGCCACUGGUGGUGAUCUCUUUGACGCCAUCGAGCCAGAAGUUGGACUAGAUGCCUCAAAGGCCCGUGUCUACUUUGGACAGAUAGCCGAUGCACUGGAGUUCAUGCACAGCAAGAAGCUAGUCCACCGUGACUUGAAACCAGAGAAUGUUGUCCUCGGAGACAGUGAAGGUAGCUACAUCAAACUGAUCGACUUUGGCAUGACUCUAAGGACAGGGACUCAUGUCUCUCGUGUUUGCGGCUCCAUCCCUUACACUCCACCAGAGAUAUGUAACGCCAAGGACGAGGUUGGUUUCUUUGUCGAGCCAUCCUGCGAUGUCUGGUCAGCCGGAGUGCUCCUCUUCUGUAUGCUCACUGGGAGCUUCCCCUGGGAACAAGCAACACUCUCUGAUCCAAACUUCGCCGAUUUCGUCCAAUGGCAGACUGGGAAGGGACGAGUCCCUCACAUGUGGAGGAGUUUCUCCCCUCAGCUCCUAGAGCUCUUCAGCAAGCUCCUCGCCCUCGACCCCAAGGACAGAUGCAAGAUAAACGCAGUCCACAAAUACCUCAGUGAGCCAUGGUACAACACCGAGCUCUAUCCUUCAAACACUCACUACAGCCAGACUUGUUACGAAGUCGACCAGUUCAUGGAUUCGUACAAAGCCUCUCCAUCACAAUGCGGUCUUAGCUUACUACCACAAUUCGGAGGUAGUCACUUCCAAUCAGCUGCUGUAGCCUGCUCGUAAUCGCCUCUCACUAUUGCAUAUAAUCGACACUGUAAUAUCAUUUCAUAUUUUCACUUCUUAAACGAGAAUGGAUAACAGAUCCGAAAUGACUGGCUGGUCCAGAAAACAAACUCGAGGCAAGAAAUCGGCAGCAGGCGAAGAUUUCCCUCCAAAAACUAUAACAACAACAACAACAUGCUCUCCCCCUCCUCAAAAUAAACAAUCUAAUGUAGCUAAAUGUAAAUCAUAAUAAUAAUUAUUAUUAUUACUUUAUAUUAUCAUGUACAGGUAGUUUUUAACUUAUCACUUAGCUGGUCUUUGUGACACUUUAAUUAUUUUAAAGCUUAAUCUUAACAAUAUUUAUACUUAUUACUUGUAAUUUAUCAUUAUUUGUAAUUUUCUCAAUGUACUUGUAUCAAAUUGUAAUCAUUAUCUCAAAAGAAUCAAUAUUUCAGUUAACAAAAAAACUUUGAAAAUC